CCGAGGAUCCCAUUUGCAAAUAACCACUGAAUCACCACAAUGUCUCUCAUUCUGCACCGGCUCUCUCUUAAAUCCAGAAAGAAGAGAACAACACAGACAACGCAUUUGAAGAGAACGACACAGUGAAUGAAUGUAGUGCUGCACUCACGGGCCGAAGGGGCGGAGCCAGGUGUUAGAGGAGGGGAGAGGACGUCAUGUUGAAGAAACGAAACCUAACGCACCCCGACGUGUAAGCAGUUCUCUCUUUUUAGAGUUAAUAACACGCAUUAAAUAGUCCGACAGACAGAAACAACAACAAGGAAUGGCCCGCGCCAACGCUUCCUGGUCUGAAGAGAACUUUUCAUGUUCCCUCUAUCUAGAUGUGUUCAACAGUCCAGUUUCCACACCAUGUGGACACAACUUCUGCAGAACCUGAAUUACAAAGUUCUGGGAUGAACAAGUCAAGUACAAAUGUCCCGUUUGCAACAAGCUUUACGACACAAGACCUGAUCUACAGGUCAAUACCCUCUUUUCAGAGAUGGUUGAUCGAUUUGGAACGUCCGUACGAGUGAAAGAGCAGCCUUGUGUUGAACCAGCAGAAGUUCCCUGUGACUUCUGUACUGGGACCCAGCUGAAGGCCGUGAAGUCCUGCCUAGUGUGUCUUAUCUCUUACUGCCAAACCCACCUGGAGCCACAUCAGAGAGUCGCAGUCCUGAAGAAACAUCGGCUGGUCGAGCCUAUGGACCGUCUGGAAGACAGGAUGUGUAAGACACACGACCGACUUCUGGAGCUCUUCUGUCAGACUGAACAGGUGUGUGUGUGUCAGUCCUGCACAGAGACAGACCACAAGUCCCAUCCUGUUGUACCUCUAAAGGAGGAAUAUGAAGUGAAGACGGCCCAGCUGGGGAAAAUUGAGAUUGAAGUUCCACAGAUGAUCCAGGAGAGAAAAUGUAAGAUUAAGGCGAUCAAAGACACACUUGAAAUUAACAAGAAAGACGCAGACAGAGAGAUUGCCGAUGGUGGGAAGGUCCUCACUGCUUUGAUAUGCUGUGUUGAAAAGUGCCGGGAUGAUUUCAACCAAACGGUUAAAGAGAAACUGAAAUCCACAGAGAAACAAGCUGAAGACCUUAUCAAAGAGCUGGAGCAGGAAAUAGAAGAUCUUACCAAUAGAAGCUCAGAGGUGAAUCAGCUCUCACACACUGAAGACCACCUCCACUUCCUCGAGGCCUUCAGAUCCCUCAAGGAUCCUCCACCCACCAGGGACUGGACCACGGUGGAGGUCCGUCCUCCGUCAUACGUAGGGACCUUGAGGAGAUCCCUGGAUCAGCUGGAGGAGACACUGAACAUGGAGAUGAAGAAGCUGCGUGAUGCUGAACUGAAGAGGGUCCAGCAGUAUGAAGUAGAUGUGACUCUGGAUCCUGAUACUGCUCAUCCCCAGCUCAUCCUCUCUGAGGAUGGGAAACAAGUACAUCAUGGAGGUGUAGCGAAGGCCCUCCCAGACAACCCAAAGAGAUUUACAAAAAACAUAUGUGUUCUCACGAGGCAGAGCUUCUCAGGGAAAUUUUACUUUGAGGUCCAGGUUAAAGGCAAAACUGCGGGGUGUGUAGGAGUGGCCAGAGAGUCCAUCAACCGAAAAGAUCGGAUCAUAGUGAUCCCUGAGAAUGGUUUAUGGACUCUUUACUAUAACAAAGAUUGGUUGUUAUUUAGAGAUGACCCUUCUGUCCGUCUCCCUCUGAGAGCUGAGCUCCAGAAGGUGGGGGUGUUUGUUGAUUAUGAUGAGGGUCUGGUCUCCUUCUAUGAUGUGGAAGCCAGGGUUCAUAUCUACUCUGCUACUGGCUGCAGCUUUACUGAGACUCUCUAUCCACUCCUCUAUCCAGGUCUCUGUGAUUACGAAGGUAUAAACUCUGCCCCCCUGAUCAUCUCACCUGUCAAUCAAACAGACUAGGACCUUAGUUUGAUAAUAAAAUAAUCAAACGACCAAAACAACUAAUGUUGUAUCAUGAAUUAGAAUCUCUACCAUGUGAGAUCUGAGAGAACUGCUUUGAUGUAGUACUGCUGUCUUUUAACAAGGAUAAAUUCAUAAAGUAAAUAACCCUGACUAUUAUAAAUGAUAACCCAUUGUAAAUUAUUAGAUAACAUUAUAUUAUUCAUUGUCUGUUUUCUCCAGUCUUUUAAGGUUUACUGCUAUACAAUUGUUAAUGGUUGCAGUCAUGUAUAGCAUGGUUUCAGGAUUGAUGUGUAUUUCAGAAUCAUUUAAACAUUAUUGUUAGUUUAUACUUUGGAAUCAUGAAUGACAUCAUAAUCAAAUGUAAAAAUACUUUUCUGAUGUUAAUAAAAAUAGAAAAACA